AGUUCAGAUAACCGAAGAAGAAGAAGCAGCACCAGCAGCUUAGCUAGCAGCUAGGCUAACAGCUGCGUGAUGAUGGCUCCUGUUAGCGGCAGGGACGGCGGUUCUGUCUGCGGCUGUAAAGGCAUCCGGCGGUGUCUCAUUUGUGAAACGUGUAAGGGGAAGACAAGCGAACCGGAGGUUGUGCACCAUUUCCUCUACGAUCCUGAAACGAAGCUCGCCGUCUGCAAAGAUGGAGAGGCUGAAUCUUUUCCUUUUCCUGGUGUCUUCCUGUGGGAGAACUUCAUAUCCGAGGAGGAGGAGACGGAGCUGAUUGGCUCCAUGGACCAGGAUGUCUGGAAUCCUUCGCAGUCUGGUCGAAGGAAGCAGGACUUUGGUCCAAAGGUGAACUUCAAGAAAAGGAAAGUGCGCGUAGCGAACUUUAAUGGACUCCCAGCUCUGAGCCAGAAGCUGGUGCUAAGGAUGCAGCAGCAGCCAAACCUGGAGGGUUUCCAGCCCGUGGAGCAGUGCAACCUGGAUUACCACCCUGAGCGAGGCUCCGGCAUCGAUCCGCAUCUAGACGACUCCUGGCUGUGGGGGGAGAGGCUCGUCACGGUCAACAUGUUAGCGGACACGGUGCUCACCAUGUCUCUGGAGCCGGGCCUGCCAGAGCGGGGACUGACGGGGGAAGUCCACGUGGCCGUGCGGCUUCCUCGCAGGUGUCUGGUGGCGGUGUACGGCGAGGCGAGGCACCGGUGGAAACACGGCAUUCACAGGGAGGACAUUCAGGAGCGCAGAGUCUGCAGCACGUACAGAGAGCUGUCUGCAGAGUUUCUGCCUGCUGGGCAGCAGGCGCAGCUGGGAGCUGAGCUGCUCGACAUCGCUUUAACAUUUAAAGGAACUCCUGUAUAAACUCAUCAGAUUAGGAGAAAGCUCAGCGUGCCUUGAACUUUAAAUAAUUGUCUUUGACUAAUGUGAAUGCUUGUAAUCUUUUACUGCACCACCUAGCCAAACAAGGAAAACCAUCUUAAAUAUUCCUAAAAUAUACUGUCAGGAUUUCUGUAAAACUAUUGAAGAAAAGUUUUAUGGGUAUUGUAUUUUUUUUUGUUUUUGUAAUUGUAACUUUUUGAAACAGUUUAUCUAAAUAUCUAAGUCUGAAUUCCCCAAAUAAAUUAUUUUCUAUAAGUU